ACAACAACAAGAACAAUAAGAACAAGAACAAGCACCACCACCAACAACUACAACAACAACAGCUAGAAAAAGAACAAGCACAUCAACUGCGUCAAGUGCGACGAUGGCUGCCAUAAAUACGGUACCUAAGAGCAUACACCUGCCUUUGACGAAUCUGAGCGCAUCGCGCGUGCUGAUGUGCAACGCAUCUGUGGGCAGCGAGGGUUCCGUAACACUGCAACUCAGAGAUGCGAGCGCUUUGGAGACAGCCGCCAGCAGCACAACGACAGCAACAACAGCAACUGCAGCAACAGCAACCACUUCGUCAUCAGGCCAGGCCAGCCAAGCGAAUGCGUCGGGACUAACGUCGGCAUUAGAGAAUGCGUUGACUAUCGGCUAUCCGGAUCCGGACAUGUUAGCAGAUGUCUUGGGCACCAUACAGACGGCCUCUCUUAAGAACAAACAAAGCAGCAAUAGCAACAGCAACAGCAACAGCAGCACAGCGUCGAGCUCUGGCAUUCGCCUGAACAGCCCCAAUAGGAUAACGAUAACGCGACGCAGCGCCAGCAACAAGAUUAGCGUGCAGACCGUGAGUGCCUCCACGAAUACGACCAUCAGCAGCAUCGGUGGCAGCAAGACCAACUACAUUAAGAACUGUCUAAUACGCAGCAGCAGCUGCAGCAACACGGCCACCAAUGUCACGACGCUGGCACAGAUUAUGAGCAACAGCAGCACCAGCAGCGCCGCCAGUUUACUCAGUCAGCACAACAACAACAGCAACUGCAGCAACAGCAGCAAUUUCAGCAACGCCUCGUCCGUGGGCAGCAGCAUUAGCAUUAGCAGCACCACCAGCAGCAGCACCACCAGCAAUCACAGCAACAGCAACAGCAGCAGCCACAGUCACAGCAACAGCAACAGCAACAGCAACGACAGCAACAGCAGCAGCGGCCACAGUCUAAGUUUCAAGAGCAACGGCCGACAUGUUGGCAACAUAGUGACAACAGCAGCAUCCACUAACACCACUGCAACUGGCAUUGGCAUAAUCACAGUCGACCCCGCGCCCCGAAAGAGCCGACCGAAGCUAUCCUCGCCUACGCGCCACGGCCCCCAGCAGUGUCAGAUUUGCAGCAAGAUCUUUGGAAAUGCCUCGGCACUAGCCAAGCACAAACUGACGCACAGCGACGAACGGAAAUACAUUUGUGCGCUCUGCUCGAAGGCAUUCAAGCGGCAAGAUCACUUAAACGGACACAUGAUGACGCAUCGGAACAAGAAGCCCUACGAAUGCAAGGCGGAGGGCUGCGGCAAGUCCUAUUGCGAUGCUCGCUCCCUGCGCCGGCACUCGGAGAAUCACCAUGGAGGUGCGGCCACUCCCAACAACAACUCACUCUCGCCGACAACCAGCACCAACUGCGGCAGCGGCAGCAGUAGCAGCAGCGGCAGCGUAGGCGUGGCCACCAGCUCGCUCAGCCUGUCGCCGGCCACGGCGAGCGGCGAUGCCAGCUCCCCGGACGGUGCCACCUGCAUUCGCACCUACAUUUCCACAGGCAGCACCGUGGUGGACGCAGCCACCGGCAUUGCGCUCUCCGACGAGCAGAUCAAGGCCAUGAAUCUGCCCAUUAAAACUGGGGUCACGCUGCUCUCGCCCACCACAUCGACAUCGUCGAACGCAUCGUCCACAGCCUCCUCGUCGUGCUCCGCAUCGGGCAGCAACGCCAGUGGCAACGGCAACGGCAGCGGCAGCGGCAGCGGCAACAGCAGUGGCAAUUCCAACGGAAAUUCUGUCGUCACCAACUCACCCACAAUUACGCUCAGCGAUGGCACCACGCUCGAGGGCGAUGGAUUGACGCGCGAGCAACUGGAUCUCAUCAGCAAGAUCAUGCAGCAGACCAAGCAGACCAGUGCCCAGGUCACGGUCUCCUCCCCCACCAGCGUCAGCUCCUACAAGAUCAAUACAGAGACAACGCAAGUGUCCUCACGCCCACGCACCUGGAACAUGCAAUUGCUCAAUAAUGCACAGAAUGUGACUGUGACUGUGGAGGAUGGCACCGAGCUGGCCGGCACGGCGUCAGGCUCACCCGACGAGCUCAAGGACGAUGAGCUGAGCCAGCAGCUGGUGGCCGCCAUUAAUCCGCAUCUGCUGAACAUCGUCAAGAUCGACAAGCCGGUCGAGUGCAAUCUGUGCCAUCGGAAGUUCAAGAAUAUACCCGCCCUCAAUGGGCACAUGCGCCUGCAUGGCGGGUACUUCAAGAAGGACCCAGAAACGAAGCGCAGCGAGAAGAAGGACUCGAAUGGGCCCCCGCUUCAGACCGCCAGCAUAGGAGUGCGCGCUCUGAUCGAGGAGAAAAUCAUCAGCAAGCGAAAGGACAUAACCAAGGGCGCCUUUGUGGUGCCUGCACCACCGAGCACCUCGUGCGGCAGUGGUAGCGCUGGAGUCUGCAGCAGCAACAGCAACACCCUGCGACGCUCGAUCAGCGACCUGGAGAGCCUUCUCAACCCCAAGUGCAGCAGCACCAGCCUGAGCCAGGCGCUCUCCACCAGCAGCAGCACCACCACAGCGGUGCUGCCCGCAGCAACCACAAUCAAGAGCAGCAACGGGCUAAGCAUACAACAGAUUGGCCUGCCACAGAGCAUCGAGAUCUUCAGCGGAGGCCACAGGCAGCCAAAGACCCUCAGCUUGGGCAGUGGUGCCAACACCAUCACCAUAACCACCAACAACGUGCCUACCACAACCACAAUGAGCGCCCUGACGGCACUGAAGGGCGGCGGCACCAUCAACGGCCUCUCCAGCAACGUGGACCCCAAGGACUCGACAUUGAUUGAGCUGCUCAAGCGGGGCACGCGCAUCGCCGUCGCCUCCAAGAAGACGCACAUGCAGUCCCAGAACAGCACGAAUCUCCUGCUGAGCAAUGUGACGGGCACGGAGCUGACUACGAUUGGCAGCACUCUCCAGACCACCGGGCGACAGAUAAUAACCAACAACAACCGCACCGUCAUCAUACCCUCGGAUGUGCAUGUGGUGUCCACUAAGAGCAAGCUCGUCUCCACCCAGGCAAUCACGGCCAGCGACAGCAGCAAAAUCAACAGUAGCAACAACAGCUGCAACAACAGCAGCAGCAGCAGCAAUGCCACGUGCUCCUCCAGCAGCAUCUCGUUGCCGGACGGCACUCCGCUCUCCGUGGCCAUUGCGAACAGCCAGGAGAAUCUGGGCGUCAGCGAGGCCAGCAGCAUUACGAGCGGGGGCGGUGUUUACACAGUGACCUACACGAGCGAUGCGGAUGCAUCGGACCUCUUCGACGACGCUGAGGUGUACAAUGUCUCGGAUACGGAAAUGCUGCUCCAAACGGUGGACACUAUGGAACUGCUCAAUGAUGAGGAGGAUGGGGUGAACAAGGCGGAACAUUCCGAUGACUUUUCGCUGCUCAGCGAGGCCGGCGAGGCUGUGCACACGCAGCUGGUCAAGACGGAGCCGGGACUAACCAGCACAACGAGCAGCGUCAACAAGACGACGCCGUUGCCCACCUUCCAGCAAUUCCAUUCCAAGGAGAUCAUCAUGCAGAACAGCUCGCAAAUUCAGGCCAUUGCCAACAUGCGCAACGGCAGCAAUCUCGGCGUGCUCUCCUCGCCCCUACAUUCGCCCAUAGCCUAUCCGACGCCGCCGUCCAGCCACGAGAAUAUGGCACAGUCCUCGCCCUUCAUAGAGGAUGCUGCGGCUCAGUUUGUGGACGCCAGUCACACGUUCUUCGGCGACAAGACAGACUUCUCGCACGUCUACUUCAAGACAGACGGCGGCGACUCCCUGCAGCAGCUCACCGAGAACGACAACGAGAAGAUACUCAAGCUGAAGACGGUGCUGGAGGAGAGCAGCUUCGACCCGUCCAUUAAAGUGGAGGAUCUGCUGAGCGGCACCGAGGAUGAUGCUGAGUGCGAUCUCCGCGAGUUUGCCGAGACGAAUCUGUCGUUCCUGGACGAGGAUCAGGAGUUCCUGAACGACUCGCGCAACGCCACCUCCCCGCUAUCCGAGUCCUUCUUCACCAGUGGCAUUGGCUCUGCCGAGGACGUUAAGCAGGUGCUGCGCGAGGUGCUGCCCGAGGAGAAUAUCCAACUGCAGCUGAGCAGCGAGCAGCAGGGCGAGAACAUCAUUGAUCUUUACUACUUGCCCGGCCUUGGUCUGCAGUCCCAAAUGAUGCCCAACUCCGAUGAUCCGCUGUUGUCCUCCUCGCCCCGCGAGUUCGGCCAGCAGCGCCAAGUGCUGCACGCAGCAACAGCUGCAUCUACUACAAACGUGCAGCCCAUGGAGCAGUUGCAGUCCACGUCUGUGCUUUACGAGCAGCAGCAGCAGCAGCAGCAACAGCAACAGCAGCAAUUGCAAUUGCCACAACUGCCUGCAAUUCAAAGCGAGCAACAACAGCAACAGCAGCAGCAGCAAACAGAUUUUGUGCUCACCAACUUCUCGCCUGUGAACUGUCAAUCCCAGUACAUGGAUACCAAUCAGCAGCAGCAGCAGUCGAUGAUGCCGCAGCCCUUGAAUAGCCUGCUGCAGCCGAUGCUUUUUGGCAGCACUGGCGCUGGCAGCAACAAGCCCGCAUUUAGCACGGCUCAGGCGACUGCACUGGAUGCGAGCCUGCUCUUCGUCUGCGACGACUCCAAGAGCAACUGCAGCAAGCCCAUGCUGCCCGCUUUGUCCGCAGCAGUUCCGACGCCCGUCGUCACUGCUGCCUCGAGCGUGGCCAAUCUGCAGCCGUUGUCCAAUCAGACGAAUUCCAUACUGAAGCGGCGCCUGCGCUCCAAUGGGGCGCAGGAUGUGCACAAGUUCUCGAAAUUCCACACACUCUCGCCGCACCGCUCCAAGCUGCGCAAGCCCUCGCGGACCCACUACACGCCGGCCCCAAUACUCAACCCCGAUCGCAAGGGCACCGGGCUCUACUGCAACGUGCGCAAGCAGCUGGGCCAGGGUAUGUUCGAUGUGUUCGACGAUGACUUUGGCGAUCCCGUGGGCCUGGUGGACUUCUGCGAUGAGUCCAAGGUGAAUCUCGGGUCCACCUAUCAAGCGCAGAUCCCAGCCUGCAGGGCGCCAGAGGAGUCCCUCAAGGAGCCCAUGUGCGCCGACCUCAUGUGGGACCCCAGCGUCCAGCUGGACGACAAGAUUCUGAUGCGUUACAUAGAUCUCAGCAAGUCAUCGGCCGUGCCCAUGGGCAGCCAUUCCGAGGAGGUGGCCCUACAGACGCUGCUCGACGCCAAGGGCAACUCGGCGGCAGCGGUGCUCGCUCUACUGCAGAUGCAGUCCAGCGCAUUCCAGAUGAAGUGGACAGCCUACGAGCUGGAGCAGUUUCUACGCGGCCUCGAGAAACACGGCAAAGACUUUGGCAAAAUCGCAAGUGAGCUUCACACAAAGACUUCUGGCGAAUGCGUGCAAAUGUAUUACUUUUGGAAGAAACUCUGUGUGGAUUACAAGGUGUCGCAUCUAAAAAUGGAGCCAGCUCCUGCGACCGUCCCAGCGGUGGAGCAGAAGCCCUACGUGUGCGAGAUUGCCGACUGCUCGGCGAGCUUCAGUUCUAAGGCGGCGCUGCAUGGUCAUGUUCGCAUACACGCUUAUGGUAGAAAUGCCAGCAACAAUAAUAGCAGCAACAACAACAGCAACAGCAACAACAACCAGCAUGCCACGGCAACUAGUGCCAACAACAACCAUAAUUCCAGCAACCACAGCAACAACAACAACAACACAAAUAGCAGCAACGCAUGCACUACCUUGACUAGCAGCAGUCAACAGACUAGCAACAAUGCAACAACAACCAUAGCACAUAGUAGUGGCAAUAACAAUACCACCGCGAACAACAACAACAACAACAAUAAUAUGAGCAACAACAGCAACAGUAUCGCUGGCAUUGCCACACACCCAACGAUGCUCUCAGUGGCAAGCACAGCAUUAGCAACAGCUGCAGCAUCAGCCGCAACAGCAGCUGUUGCCGGCGCAGCAACAACAGCCGCAUCGUCAACAAUGAAAGACAGUAGCAACAGCAACAAUUCCAAUAUGCCCAAGGACACUGAAUUUCCCUGCAAGGUGUGCGGCAAAGUCUUCAAUAAGGUGAAGAGCCGCAGCGCCCAUAUGAAAACGCAUCGAGUACAAGAAGCGGAACAACUAGCCAAUUCCAAACAGCAAUCAUCCACACUUGUUGUUGCCGUUGCCACAACAGCAGCAGCAGCAGCAGCAGCAGCAGCAACAUCCUCAGCAGCAGCAGCAAUGGCCACAGCAACUUCCUAGACUAACUAUGGACAGCGAGCAGGAAGGCCUCAGCAUCGAUUGACAAUCGCGUUAAGCAAGCAGCAAGCAUUGCUUACAACUUUUAGAAUAUAAUUAAAUUAAUCGAUACUCGACCGGAUGGAUGCGAGUUCAAUGUGUAUAGUUAAGUAAAUGAAUAUCGUAAUUUCGAUGUAUUCAAAAGUUAAAGGCAUUUUUCUCAUCUUCACACUCUCUUCCUAUCUAAUGACCUACCCAACUAUCUAUCUAUAGAUCUAUCUAUCUAUCUAUC